UGUUUUGCACUUCGUUUUUUAACAAAGCGGCCCCAAAAAUUAUGGGUCGGUUAUUAAAACGAAGUUUAACGUAGGCCGCGGUUUAGCAAAUCUUUGGACCUCCAGAUAUCUUCCCUAGUGGGUUGUUUCAAGAAACUGGUUACGAUAAAUAGUGUUGAGAUAAAAGUGUUGGGGUAAGUGAAAAUGAGUUACAACACAGUUUUGUUGAACACUGGCUAAACUCCGUUUACUUAACUGGCCCUAUUUGUUUCUUUGGGUUGCGGUGUUCGCUUUAGUUUCCAGCCGCCCCCUCCCCUCAGAAAAGAUCGCCCCUUGGCAGCCGAGUUAAAAUCGCCUUUCGGCGAUUCUUGUUUGCAUGUUUGUUAUUAUGUUUUUCUCAAUUUCAAAGCAAUUAGAAAACAGGAGGUAUUCGUUCAGAGUUUAACUUCAAUUUAAUCACCGGCAAACUCUUUGAACCUUUUUGCGGAGGGACCGCUUUAUCGCAUCCGCAAAUAGUGAUAUAAAUGAGAACUUUUUUAACUUUCGUAUUUCUUUAAUGUUACCCAGAAGUUUAUAAUAACGUUUUUUCUGUACUCUUGAGAGUAGUGAAAUCUUUGAUAUUUUUUACAGAAUUGCAAUCUAACAUGACAAAAUUUUGGGAGCGAAAAGAUUUUAAAUAUCCAACUCGUUAAAUUUCAGCUGUUUUAUUUACUUGUGAAAUGGUUCCCUAACCCGUAGCUGUACUGGGUCGUUGGGCACUUUGAAGGUAUCUAAGUGGUAAAACGAUUGUCUCAAUGCUCUUUGAAACAUAGGUUUUUCUAUACUUUGAGGUAUUUAGAAAGCAGGAGGAAUCGUUUCCAUAUUAAACUUCAACCAUGUUUUGUCGGCGGGACUGCCUUUAAUUAUCUCACCCGACCGAGCAAAUUGUCGACAGAGCAUGCGCAUUUCUGUCUUCUUGCAGAUGUCCUUUUUGUUUUUCAAACAAUUUUUAAAAUUGUAUAUAGGUCUUCCUAAACUUCAAACAAUUAGGAAAGAGGAAGUUUUGUUAACAAAAAUAAACUUCAUCGUAAUAACAGGCAAACUUGCCCAACCAUUUUCCCCUUCUCUCACAGUUUAGUCAUAAUUAAACAAAAGAAAAUGUUUUUUGGAGUCGUUUUAAUGUUUUUGUUUUUAUCUAUCGAACGCAUCCUCAAGGUAUUGUAAAACUACAUUGACUCUCUUCUGCUCUUCCUUAUUCUUGGCAAAUUCUGGUUCAACCUGCGAUCAGCCGCUCCUUCUUCCCUUUUUGUUUGGGAGGCGUCCGCCGACUUUCCCCGAAAAAAGAUCGCCCGAUAGGAGAUUCAAAUCAAGACCACUGUUUUUUUGGACACCUUUAAGCAGAAACAAAAAAAUCGUAACUGAUUCGAUUUUGGGGAAAUGAAAGGUUUCAUGUACCUUAACCGCCACCAUUUUGUUUGAUUUGAAAUUGGAAAUGGCUCAAAAUAAAAGUAGUGUUGCGCUCUUCGCUUUCACGCUAUAGGAGUGGGACUGGGCCAAGUUGGUCAAAGGACGAUUGGCUCCACGCGGGUUGGUUUCCAUGACACGUAAACUCGUAUGCAGUGUUUGCUCAUAAUCCAGGAUAAACCGACCUUUAAAUAAACCAACCCUUACGCUAGCGCUUAAACACCCGCGGUUUCUAUUUUCAUACGGGCACUGGACGAUUUCUAAAGAGAAAAUGGGAGGUCUGUGAAUAGGCUAGUAGUUUCCAGUGAUAAAAAUCCAUACUUGGCCGCGAGGCUGUGGGGUAUAAAAGAAAAGAAAUUGCAUUAAGGUUCAGGGUUUAAUAAUUCAUUUCUUUUGAUUUAUUCCCUGCAGCCUUCAAGCCAAGUAUGAAUGCUGAUAAUUCGAAACUGACCCAUUUUCUCUCUUUUUUAUGUGUGUUUGUGAGUCUAAAGUUGCCCGGCACGCAUUUUUAGGAGCCACGACAAAAUGAAUUUUUGGUCGUGCUGGCGCUUAGUCAACAACAAAAACAACAAGAACAACAACAGCAACUUCAUUCUCUUUACAAAAAUACAAGAGUUGAAUAGUUUGCCCCGCAAAUAGCUGGAAAGUUAGUCGUGGCGGGGCAAGACCAGUACAUCAAUAACACAAUUAUCUAGUAAAAACAAAAACCUUUAACUUAGUCACUGAGUCGUAUAGGCCAUCCCAAUUUAAUGCUUCGUUUCCCAUCGCCCGACCGACCCAUUUUUUUUGGAAAAGUAAAAAAAAGAAAAAAAAAAAAAAUUCCAGAAUCACUUGUAAAGAAGCAAGUACUUUAAUUUACAAGCCCACGAUUUUAUCUUAUUAAGACCAAUUGUCUUAAAUUAUCAUUGAUACUUCGUUUUUGUAGCCUUUUUAGACAUUUGAUAGUCCUCUUAAUAUACAUCUUUUACCAUCUUAUUAUAUCUUGCAGACUAAACGUGAGAUUUAAUUUGCAAUCAUGUGUUCAUUCUUUUUUGUUUUUUUUUGCCCGACCGACCGACCCACCUUCACGAGAGGGAGGGCGAUGGGAAGCGAAACAUUUUAUUGGGAUGGCCAUAAUCGUGAUCGAGGGAAACAAAAUGGCGACAUCGUUACUAUAUUUAGUUUCAUCACUGUUAUAAAAGUUUUGACAACUUUCGUGUUUCUUUACAAUACAUAAAUUAUUACUCCGAGGCAAAUUGUUUUUUAAAUCAUUGAUUCUAACGAGAACUACAACAAUCUCUAUUGUUCAUCUUUAUUCUAUUCUAUCUUUUUUAUUGUAAGGUUAACAUAACACGAUUUUGCUUUUGUUAUUGUUUCUUGUUGUUGUUGUUGUCGUUCCUUCAUAUCGUUUAUUAUUUCCAGAUGGAUUGUUUUGAAGCUCUGUUUAGUUUUGCUUUGCAAAUGCAUUUCUUAUUAAGCCAAUGAUCGUGUGUCGGAUGUGUUUCAUCUUCCAGCAGUAGAUCACAGGAUUAAGAGACGAAUUAAGGAACUCCAGUGUCAGAGUGUAAAACGUUAAAUGUUUUAUGCCAGUGCUUGGUCUAGAAGUGAAGGCAACAGCAAAGAGUGUACAAAUGUUUGGCAGAUAGCAAACUGUUAAAACGAGGCAAACGUAAACUGACAUCAUCGCAAACUUUCGCAUCCUUCGAACGUUAACCAUUUGUAGCAUGUUGUAGCUGCAGCACGUGUAUUUGGUUCACGUGAAGUCGCACGGACGAGUAAAUUCUGAUACUGAAGAAAGUGGCAGCUAUAAUACAUGCAAGUUGUGUAAUGCCAAAAACCACGUACAUAAUAUUCUUUGGGAUCCACAGCCUGGUCAAGGAAAACAGUCCGCUUAAUACCCAAGUUGAGACGACUACAGCAACAACUCGCUUGUGUGUCACAAGUUCUUGAUAUCUAAGGUAAUAAUGAAUGGCUAUAAAUCUCUCUGCACAAAGAACAAUGACGAGAAACAGCGUAGCGAAAAUAAAUAAAUUUGUCGGGAUAAGGCUCGCGAUAUAGAUGGCAUUUAUAUACGUUUUGCUAGUUUCAAUGUUUAGCCGUGACUCCAUAAUAAGACUUGCCAAAUACAAAGGUUGCGCCACUAAACCAACACCAAGAUCAGAAACAGCCAGACCAAUGAGCAAUGUUUUUAAAUUCUUUGACAAGGUCGGAGUUUUUCUUAUGGCGCGGAUUGUAACAAUGUUUAGCAUGGUGGCGGUGUAGGAUAAAAAUGCAUUUAAAAGGCAAACUAGGAGAUACGAGGAAUCCAUUUGUUGUCCUUUUUGGAUUUGUGCUGAAGCCAGUUCAAUUCCUAUCAGGUGAUGCAAGAGUUUGAUCUUUUAUGAAUUCAGUAGAGUUAGUUUCGUGGACUUUUUCUACCAGAGCUUCGAAGCAGAUGGACUUAUUUUUAGAAUUUCACGACUUUCAAUAAGUUAUCCUUUGAUAAGUACUUUGACUAAAUUCCUCUUUAACUGGGCAAUGACGCAGCAACUAAUCAUUAAGUAUUGCUGGUCUAAGUGUCAGAAUAGAUGUCUUGGUUAUUUUCAAGACAAAUUGUAAAAUCGUUAUGUGUUUUUGUUAGCGUCAUACCAAUUUAAAAACAGGAAGUUCUGUUUAAAGUAACUUCAACUGAAACACAGGAAACUUGCCCCACCAUUUUUCCCAGCUUUAACAGUUAAGUCAUAUUUGAAGUUUUUUUUUCUUUAUUGGGGCCGUUAUAUGGCUAUAUUGCAUCGGAACGAGCGAAGUUCGAAAAAGGACAAAACUGUCCUUCACCCUUGUGUAUGGUAAAUAUGCUAUAUUUUAAAAGAAAGUUAUUAAGACUUACUGCAAAAUGACAUGUUGCUUAUUAGUUGGGACAAAAAGCGGUCGAUUGAAAUAUUUAAAAAAAACUCUUCCUCAUUAGUCUGUUAGCCCAUUUAAUUUUGAUGAACAUGUUAAUGCUUAAAAACCUUAUAUUUCAAAAUUAAAGACUUGUAGUUUUUGGCGUUAACGUUAGGGCUCCCAUUUAGAGUUUACAGUCCCUAUUGAAGGAGUUACAAAGUGUUUCGUCUCUUUAAAGGUGGUGAAAUGUUUGAUAUUUUUCACACGCCUAAAAACUAAUACUUAGCAAAGUGUAGGUGUUAAAUAACCAACUCGGAAAAUUUUAGCUGUUUAAUUUACAUAUCAUAUGGUCCCCCAACUCUUUUAUUAACUUGUGUUGUAUUUGCAAUUUGUAAUAUCGACGACAUAAACUAUUAGUGGACAGUUUAUGUUUGGUUUUGCACCCCACCAUUAAACGCAAGUAGGCUUAAGAACUAUUUCUUUUGUUGUUGGUGUUGUUGUUGUUGUUGUUGUUGAGAUGAAAUUCAUUUGCUACCCAAUUCUAUUCUAUUUUAUUCCCUGCAGCCUCCGAGCCAAGUAUGAAUUUUGAUAAUUCGAAACUGACCCAUUUUCUGCCUUUUGUUUGUGUUUUUGAGUCUAAAGUUCCCAUUGGCUGAGUUAGUAACCCAACACCAAGAUCAGAAACAGCCAGGCUCAGGAGCAAUGUUUUUAAAUUCUUUGACAAGGUCGGAGUUUUUCUUAUCGAGUGGAUUUUUACAAUGUUUAGCAUGGUGGCGGUGUAGGAUAAAAUUGCAUUUAAAAGGCAAACUACGAGAUACGAGGAAUCCAUUUGUUGUCUUUUUUGAAUUUGUGUUGAAGCCAGUUAAAUUCCUAUCAGAUGAUGCCAGAGUUUGAUAUUUUAUGAAUUCAGUAGAAUCAGUUUCGUGGACUUCUUCUACCAGAGCUUCGUAGCGGAUUGACUUAUUUUUAGAACUCCACGACUUUCAAUAGGGUAGCAUUUGAUAACGGUACUUUGACUGGGCCACUAUGAAACAUUUUAUCUUAACACAAUGACGCAGCAACUAAUCAUGAAAUAUUGCUGGUCAAAGUGUCAGAAUAGUUCUCUUGGUUAUUUUCAAAAUCGUCUUUUUUUUAUUAGCGUUAUACCAAUUUAAAAACAGGAAGUUUUGUUUAAAUUAACUUCAAGUAAAACACAGAAAACUUGCCCCACCGUUUUUCCACCGUUGACAGUUAAGUCGUAUUGGAAGUUUUUUUUCGUUAUUGGGGCCACUAUAUGGCCAUAUUGCGUGCGAGUGAACAAAAAGCGAAAAAGGACAAAACUGUCCUUCACUCUUGUGUAUGCUCCAUAUGCUCUAUGUUCAUUAAAAUUUACUGUAAAAUGGCAUGUUGCUUAUUAGUUGGGACUAAAAGCGGUCGAAUGAAAUAUUUAAGAACAAACAUUCCUCGUUAGUAUUCUAGCCGAUUUAAUUGACAGUAAAAAUGAAAUGAUGUAAAAUGAAAGACUUCUAGUUUAUGGCGUUAACAUGAGGGCUUCUCAUUUAGAGUUUACAGUCCCUAUUGAAGGAGUUACAAAGUGUUUUCUUCUCUUAAAGGUGGUGAAUUUUUUGGUAUUUUUCACAAAAUGUAGUGUCUAAAAAAGAAUAUUUAGUUUGCAGAAAGAGGAUAAGAGUUGGCUUUAAAUAACCAACUUGGAAAAUUUCAGCUGUUUAAUUUACAUGUCAUGUGGUUCCCCAAAUCUUUCAUGGACUUGCGUUCCAUUUGCAAUUUUUAAGCUCGACGACAAAAACUAUUAGUGGACAGUUUUUCAACCAUUAAACGCAAGUGGGCUUAAAAACUAUUUCUUUUCUUGUUGUUGUUGUUGAGGUGAAAUUCAUUUGCAACCCAAUUCUAUUAUGAAACUGGCACCGACAAUUCAUGUUUAGUUGAGAGCGCGUUAUAUUCACGAACUCCCUCUCUGAUUCAGGCUCUUGUUGGAAGCUAUAAUUUCAGACCUUUCUAGGUCAGAAUGGAAGUGAAAAUAUAGUAACAAUAAUCAAUAAAGGUUGUAAACCGCGAAAAGCGUUAAGGUUCCACGAUCGAUCGAAAUUGUCAUGAAAAUGAAUAGCGCGCAAGACAGCUGUUGAAGUUUAGCCUGCGAAAAAGCAAAGCGAGUCGCGAGAGAACGCGCCUGUCACCCCGCCCCUCGCACCCGCGUCUCCUUACGUGGCUGCUCUCGCGUGAAUUCUCGCGUCUCGCCCAAAAUAGAGAGCUUCCUCGCAGGCUAGAUGAAGUUUGAUAUUCUCGUUUCUGGGCAAAUUUUCAGCAAGUCUUUAGACGGAGGUAAAGGGUGGUUUCUUUUGUACGGCUGGGGCUUUUCUUUUCAUUAUUAUCCUUGGUGAAAUGUUGCUUAAUAAAAAAUAACGAUAAAAAGCACUGCAAAACAAUACGAGAUACCAAGACGGAUUUGACAAUACAUAUGUUUUUUGAGACGAAAACAGUUAAACCAUAAAAUCCUAAGGGUUCUAAACGUGAACAGUUUAGAGAAAAGGUUUUUUUUAAUCAUACUUUCUCCCCCUCCUAUCAUUAAGAAUAAUCUCGUACACUUAAAUUGUAUAGUAAUGACAUAACUAUAUCAUCUUAGUUAAGGUCUAUUUCAGCAAAACCUUUGCUGCAUGACGAAUUAAACGUUGUUAGGUUUUAACACAGUGAAAAGGUUAUUAAACUGGCUCACUCUUGCAUCACUAAGACACUGUGAAGUGUGUCACGCGCAAGUGUAUCGCGCUUUUAAAGGUUCAUUUUACAAAAGUAAUGAAUUUUUUUAACUAAAACUUUGCAUAAGGACGUUUAAAAACUGAAUGAAGACAGCAUGGAUUGUGUCAUGGAAAUAACAUAUAGGGUAAUUCGCAAAGCAUUCAAGUGGUAUAGCUUCAUUUAAUUACAGACCGUAUAAGGACCGUAUGAAGAUGACCUUAUAAGGCUUUCGUAGUCCUCUGUUCGUCUUAGUCUAUGGUGGAGCUUUCUCUAGGUGGGACUUGAAAAAAGAUUUCGAAGUGUGCCUACAAUAGUGUGCUGGAUUCGUUUCAUCUUCCAACAGUAGAUUAGUGGGUUAAUGGUUGAAUUCAGGAACAACAGGGUCACUGUAUAAAACUACAAAUGCUGUAGAUCGUUUCUUUGUUCGGAAAUGGAAGCGUUAAUAAUUAACAUACAAAUAUCAGGCAAGUAGCAAGCUAUGAAAACCAGAUAUACGUAAAGCGAUGCCAUCGCAGAUUUCCUUUUUCUUUGAACACUUUCUCCUUGGUCAUUCUGGGCUACUUGCGGGACUUGAAUUUGUUUUAUGUGGCGUCUUAUAGUUAGGUAAAGUUUGGCGCUCAGAGAAGUUGCAGUUAUAAUACAGGCAGAUUCAAUAAUGACGAAACUCACGUACAUAAUUUGACAUGGACGGAAUAAUCUGAUCAUUGAAAUAAGUGCGCUUAUCACCCAAAUUGAGAUCACGGCAGCAGCAACACGCUUGUAUGUCACAAGUUCCUGGUAUCUGAGGUUAAGGUGAAUUGCCAAAAAUCUGUCUGCACAGAGAGCCGUGACGCUAAACAAUGUCGCAAAGAUGAAGAGAUUCGUCGCAAAGAUCAAGAGUUUCGUCGGGAUAAGACGCGUUUCACUGUUUCGUUUUGAGUCCAUAGCUUGUGCAACAACCAUUGGCUGAACUAGUAAACCAACACCAAGAUGAGAAACAGCUUGGCUCAGGAGCAAUGUUUUUAAAUUUUUAGGCAAAGACGUAGUCUUUCUGAUCGCGUAGAUUGCUACAAUGUUCAGCAUGGUGGCGGUCUAGGACAAGUACGCGUUGAAUACGCAAAACGUGAGAUGCAAGUAAUCCCUUUGUUGACUUUUUUUAGAUAGGUGCGGCGCUUGAAGCAAAAAAAUUAUUGUCCUUCCUUGAAGCGUUUUUUUUUUUUUCCAGGAUGAUCUGACCAAACCCACGUCACGGACUGACUAACGUUCAGAGAGUUACAAAACGUUUAGUAAGUUCAAGACUGAUGAAAAGCAGUUUGACUUACUAAAAUGGGAUCACAGUUACUGCAAACAUCUAAAUAUUCUUCAAGUUUUUCUUGAGCAUUCUCAGUUAAGCAUUAUUAUAUUAUAAGCACUCCUUUGGAACUAUUGUCAACUUUUUGUAUGAGUAAACCAAAUCUAUCCCUGCCGACUCUCACGCCUGCGGGUUGGAAACUUCGAUCUCACGCCAGCUCACGCUUGCGGGCCAAUUUCUCACGCCUGAUUGAAAAAUGUGAGUUGUUGCCGUCUUGCUUGACACAAUUUCCAAAAAUAUGUUAACUCAGACUCAUGUAAGGAAAGAAAACCAUGUGUAAAAUAAAUAAAUGACAAUACCUUCCUCGCGAUCUCUGAUUUUUGAAGUGAAAAGCACUAGGAGCGAGCUCGCGUUUCUACACGUCCUAAGACUGGGACUGGGAUAACUUCGAUAACUUAGCCUUCGGCAGACUUCGGACGUCUUCGGAAGACUUCGGACUUCUUCGGGAAUCUUCGGAAAUGAUCGUGUCGUCUUCAAAAAUCCCAGCACUCCUUGGAUAAAAAUCUGACGCUUAUAUCUCAGAAAAAGUUGGCAGGUAUACAAAUCGAGUAUCACUACACGACUAAUUGAACCUUUGCGGGUCAAUAACCUAAAAGAACUGUUUUUGUAUUUCCGUAGUAUACAUACUGUACUUGAUCUUUGCCGUUCACAAAACUCUGUGUAGGGCUUUCCUGUAUGUACAAAUUGAUCAACGAUGUUUGUUACUGUCUUUCUCGGUAAAUUAAACUGAUGCACUAUUUGGAAUGGUUUCGAACCCUCUAACCAUUUGUCUACAGUCAAUCAUUUCACAGGCCUCACACUGUAACCCUUGCCCUAUUUAGUAAAAGGAUUCGGGUUCAUUAUGUUGCAGUUUCCUGUUUUUAAAAAAAAGAUAUGAAGUUAUGAAGUUCAGUAGCACCAAAGUUGACAACUACGUCUCAAAGGUCGCAAUUUGAUUCCCUAACUCGCCAUGGUAUUGGCUACUCUGCUACGUAAUAUCCAAUUUUCCAACGAACUUUGCAACGUGAUGCAGUACGGUCCAGUGAAAUCAACUGUAAUUACACUUACACAUGUCCAUAUCGCAUUUGCCAUGAAACUUGAGAAAUUACUUAUCAAUCACAGCUUUGUGUCAACAAACAUAUGUUUCCCAAGCAUUAUAUCAAACAUUGAAGACCACAAAAAUGAAAUCUGGAAAACUGUCAGGCUAACAAGUUUCAAAAGGACCAAUUGCCAUCCUUUUCAAUUUUAUUUAAGUCUGUCCAUCUGUUCCUCAUUUUUACACUAACAAAAAUCUUUAUUUGUACUCACUCUUGCUCUUUGCUUUGUGACUUAAAACUUCUUUUCAUGUUUUGAGCAGUAUUUUUAUGUUUCACUGAGAUUGGUGGCGGUUUCCACUGCUGUAGUUUUGACAAAUUUCGUGACACUGCUCCUUUAAGUUGCUAAGUACUAGUAGUUAUUGAUCAGUGGUUAAAGAAACUUAGAUUUGGUAUCAGGGCAGCUUACCUCCUCGUGCUAUCUGUAUUCUCCAUCACAAUAUUCAGUCUUGGAUAUCCUUAGCACAAUCAAAAACUCCAACUUUAAAAUUACUCUUGGCCAUCACGAGGUUUUUGUCUCACAUCCUGCUCAACUGUGUCAGAAAAGGGUCGCUUUACGAGGGAAGCGAUCGAGUGCUGAAGGCCGAUGGGUCGACAAAUAUAUAUAACAACCCUUAGAUGUCUUGUUGUGCAAUCGGAAAGCAAAAAUAUACAGACUCCACGCUCCUUGAACCUACAGAAGCUGGCAAAUUUGAAACCGUUGCAAUCACUUUCAAAAUGGACGCCAAAAAGAACGACGGCAAUGAGCAUGAGCAAAAGAAACGUCCGCUGACCAGCACUCCGCUCUAUUCUAGGCCCCAUUCUCCCCAUUCUGUCUUGUUUUCUCAGCCUAAGAUGUCUAAGAUCAUUUUAUUUUUAUGCCAGUACUACUGAUUGAGAUCAAUCUGGCAACUAUCGACAGCUGUUGGUAUUCUCUGCCAUUUUAAUCACUUAGAAUCGAAAACAGUGGCAACCUCGCGCACUUCACAUUCGUUGCAUCAUGGAUAAUAGUGCAACGCGCGCGAGUAUUUAAUGCAUGAGCCUGACCGUUUAAUGGCCCGAUCUCGAGAGUAAAUUUACCUUUAUUCACCUUGAUUGUACGCAAAGCCAAAAUUUCUGAAACAUUUAUCAUGCGCUCUUGGACAUGGGUCACCGGAAACGUAAUGGAAACAAGAAAGAACGGAAAUGUGAUAACAGAAAUGUGGCAGAAACAAGAUCGUUCGUUUCCGACUCGGAAACAUAACGGAAACGCGUCUCGUCCAUGGAAAACUAGAUCACCAUGUUUCCGCAGGGCGGAAACGGGACGGAUUUAAGCAACUUCACGUUUCAGUCGAGUUUACAAAGUACGGAAACGCGUUAUUUCGUCCUGUGUCUUUAAGUGAGCUGCGAUGAAACUCUUUUCUGAACAUACGAUUACUGAUGAUAGGGCAUUGCUAGUGUGGCAAAACAGAUGUCCUAUGUGUUUUUAGGACGCUUUAGAUAAUUGUCAGACGUAUUUUUCUAAACUGCCAAGCAAUUAGAAAUCGGGAGUUUUUUUUUCAAAAUAAAACUUAAACUAAAUUACUGGCAAAAAGAAAUUGUUCACAGCAAUCAGUAUUUUCGGUGGGGUCGCCUUAUCGCAUCCCGUGAAGCGAAAUCCCUCAGUGUUCAGAAAACUCCUGCAAGCCUUUCCUCAUGCUCGUUUUUUUUUUUUUUUGAAACCAAAUAGUUUAAAAAGGAAAUGUAACAAAACUGCCCAAAGAUAUUGGUGCAAAAAGUAGAGAUGCUGAUCUCUGACUCGGUCAUAAAAAUACGAGCAAGUAAUGGGUUGCGACAUCCCUCUUUUGAUAAUUAUUUUUGUGCUCGAUUUGGAAAAUUUAGUCUGUUCUCUUGACUACGUCACUAAUGUGUAUUUUAAGUUAAAAUUCACCAGAAUAUCUGGUAAGAUGGCAUACCUCAAGUGUAAGUUCAAGUUUAUUAAAGACACUUUUGAUACAAGCCAUAAUUAAUCCUUGCCCGCAAAGUAGCCUAUAGUUAAUUGAGGCGGGAAGGAAAAGUAAAAAAAUUACAAUAAUAGGGUUGAAGCAUAACUAUUAAUAAAGUUAACCAGAUACACGAACAUCAACAUAUUGAAUCAACUAGACAGUGAAUACAUAUGCUUCAAAAUAAGUAAAUGAAAUAAGGUAUGAGAGAAGUUAAACUGAAAAAUUAAACUUUCAGCAUCAUUAAGACUUUUCUUAGCUAUGUUUUGAGAACAUUUAAAUAGAUAAAAAAAAAUAAUUAUUUACUAAAUAUGUCAAUUAAAGUACGCACGCCAACAUAAGUACCCUGCAGUAUCAAAAUAUACAGCAGCCGACUCUGUAGGGUAUUCUUAAAUUUAUAUUUAGUUAGGGCACGAUUACUGUCGGGAAUACAAUUCCAUAUUUUUGCACCAAUUCUUGAAAAGGAGUUCUUCAUAUGGUCAGUUCUCGAGUGCUUAGUAUAGAAAUUGCCAGCAGCAGAAAAUCGUGUAUUAUGAUGAUGUACUUUUGAAGAAGAGGUAAAUAACUUGAAAAAGUUUGGAGGUGUUACAUUAUUGGAUACAUCGUGCAUAAUAACGCAGAGUGUUUUAAAAUAAAGAAAAUUAAGAGGAAGAACAUUAGACAAUUUGAGCAGAGGUACAGCGUGGAACCUAAAGGGUUUGAAAUGAAUCAAUCCAAGGGCACGUUUUUGAGGAAUCAAAAUUUUCUCCAAAUUUAUGGGAGCAGGCGUGAGCUUGGCCCCAGACGGCUAUACCAUAGGACAAGUAAGGGUUGUACAAGAGAACGAUAUAUGUUUAAUAAAGUGGAAGAAGGGACAAAAUGGCUUAGUCUUGCAAGGGUACCUAAUGAUUUGCUGAUUUUGGUAGAAAUAUAUGUGAUAUGAUGCGUCCAAGAUAAUUUUGAAUCAAUAAGGACACCAAGGUGUUUUUGCACAUUCUUUCCUUUCUAAGGAAACAAGAGAGUUUGCGCUGUAAUCAUAGAUAUAUGUAAAAGCAGUUGUAUCAAUAAUUUUUGUUAGGGUGUUUAGCAUUUAAUAGCCGCGAGCCCACAAAUUAACCGGGUGAAUAUCCUUUCACUUGCCAUUUGUAAGGUCGAAGAGAAAAGCUGUUAGACAACUACAGCAACAACGCGUUUGUGCGUCACAAGUUCUUGGUAUCUGAGGCAAAAAUAAAUACACGCGAAUCUCUCUGCACACAAAACGAUGCUGAGGAACAAUGCAGAUUAAGCAGAUAAACUCGUCGGAGUAAGAAACGCGAUACGGAUGGCAUUAAGAGACUUGGUCGUUCCAUUAUUUUGUUUCGAUUCCACAAUAAGAUAUGUAACAAACAUUGCCUGGCUCAACAAACCAACACUACGAUAAGAAGCAGUGUUUUAAAGUUUUUCACAACUAUGAGGAUUGUAGCGAUGUUUAGCAUGAUGGUGAUGUAAGAUAAAUACGCGUUUAAAAGGCAUAAUACUAAGGACGAGGAAUCCAUUUGUUGCUCCCUUUGGUUUUAUGCUGAAGCCAGCCAAAGUCUUAUCUUCCAGAAAUUCACUAAUUAGAAUGCCUUUCUGCAUUUUCCUCUCGUAAAAGCUACGAUGGUGACUGAGUAAUGUGUAGAUAGUUCCAAGACGUCCAGUAAUCUAGCCUUUGACCAGUAGUUUGACUUAAAAUUCUCUUAAACUAAGCCAGGGUAAAACGUUUCCUUUUAUCUAAGUGGCUGAGCAGAUGUCUUGCUUGUUUCUAUGACAAUUGUGAAAAUAAGAAAACGGGAGGUUUUGUUUAAAUUCCCCUCAACUUACUUACUUGUAAAUUUGUUCGAUCAUUUUACCUAUGACAGUUAAGUCAUUUUUGAAGAUGUCAUGAAAAUAUUCUGCCAACGCAAUAUUUUGUGCAACAUUUAAAGAUUUAAAGAGGCGCUAUUAAAGCAUUACGUUUCGGCGACGCCUUGUUACCAUUAGGGAACGUAAGCAGCCACGACGGCGACAACGACAAACUGAGAUAGGUUUCGGAACUGUUUUUUCAUUAUUAUUAUUAUUAUUAUUAUUAUUAUUAUUAUUAUUAUUACUAUUAUUAUUAUUAUUAUUAUUAUUAUUAUUAUUAUUAUUAUUAUUAUUAUUAUUAUUAUUAUUAUUAUUAUUAUUAGCCGUAGCAAUGCUGUCGUUUGAAUUUCCCAGAAAUUGAUGUUUCAUCAAAUUUCGCUGACGAGCUUCUCUGAGCCUGUCUUAAUCACUUCUAACGCGCCUACGACCACGGGGAUUAUUUCUGUCUUCAUCUGCCACAUUCUGGUGAUUUCUAUGGUUCCUGUGAAGUAUACUUUUCGUGAAUAAUUUUUUAACAACGUUCUAGUUACUUUUUAAUGACGAUAAACUGAGGGCUUUGGAUUCAUUCAUAAAAACUCGCUGCCCCAAAAUGAACAGAAUUACAUUGUAGAAGAAUUCAAGCUGUUCGCUUUUAUGUUACGUUUUCUUUAAUCCGAUGUCAAAGUUGUUUUGUUUGCAGUCCAGCUGAGCUCAGCUGCAAUGUUCUGAAACUUUCCUCAGUUGUGCUUUGAAACUGCAUUUCGUAAUAAGCCAAUGAUAGUGUGUCGGAUGUGUUUUACCUUCCAACAGUAGAUCAGUGGGUUAAGCGAUGAAUUCACAAACACUAGCGUCAGGCCAAAAUUUAACAGUAAAUGCGUUUUAACAUUGUUUGAUCUAGAGGUAACUACAUAAACUAACACGACAGUCAUUGGCAAAUAACAAACCAUCAAUAGGAGACAGACGUGAGCUGCCAUGAUCGCAAACUUCCUCAGCCUUUUCGUGUUAAUAAUUUGUCCGGUCUGUGAUGCUUGUUGUAGUUGUAGCACUUGUCGUUCGUUUAAGUGACGUCGCACGGACAAAUAGAUUCUGACACUGAAGAAAGUCGCAGCUAUAAUACAGGCAGAUUCACUAAUGCCAAAAACCGCGUACAUUAUAUUCCAUGGAACCAACAGCCUCACCAAUGGAAAAACUGCACUGACUGCCCAAACUAAGACAACUACAGCAACAACACGCUUGUGUGUUACAAGGGUUUGGUAUCGGAAAUAAAAAUGAAUUGCCAUGAAUCUGUCUGCACAGAGAACAGUGACGAUAAAGAAAGUAGCGAAACAAAAUAAAUGCGUUGGGAUAAGACAAGUUGUGUAGAUAGCAUUUUGAGGCUCCGUACUAAUUUCGUUGUUGUCCUUCGAGUCGAUGAUAAGUUUUGCAACGUACAACGGUUGAACUACUAUUCCAACGCCAAGAUCAGAAACAGCCAGACUAAGGAGCAAUGUUUUUAAGUUCUUUGACAAUGAAGGAGUUUUUCUUAUGGCGUGGAUUGUAACAACAUUUAGCAUGGUGGCGGUGUAAGAUGAAAAUACGUUUAAAAGGCAAAGUAUGAGGUGCAAGGAAUCCAUUUGUUGUUCCUUUUGGUUUUGUUUUGAAUCCAGGGAUUUUGCAAGAGUUUGAUCUUUUAGGUCGAUUUCAGUAGAACCAGUUUUCGCGGACUUCCUCCUCGUGAGCUACCAUACCGACUGCGUGCAAAGUUUGUGGAGAGUUCAGUAAGCUAGCCGUUGAUAAGCAGAUUGAUUGAAAUUCCUCUGAGCGAAACCAGAUGACUAAUCCGUUUUCACGGACUGCCUCCCUUCCUGAACUACGAUGGCGACGGAGAAUUAAGAGUGUUUAUGGAGAGUUACGAGACGUUCAAAGUAAGCUGGCCUUUGAUAAGCAGAUUGAUUAAAAUUACUCUUUAGCGAAGCCAGGGUGAAGCAUUUCUUCUGAACGCUCGACGCUGCUGAUGACAGUUAGGUUAUAUUUCAAGGUAAAUUCUCCAAAAUAUUUAAUUAGAUGACGUGUUCCUUAUUAGUCGAGAAUAGAUUAAAAGUGAUCGAACUUAUUAGAUCGCUAUAAUAUGUUUUAAGACGCUUUGAAUGAUGACGUGUAUGUUAAUUUAUGUUUUUUCUCAACUUCAACAUAAUCGAUCUCCUAGUUUAAUUUUGAAACAAUGGUACCAUUUUAGCCUUGAGACUUUACCGUGCGAAAAUGUGUUUAGCCUUUCUUAUCCUCGCGUGAACAAGGUGAAAUUAUGGAACGGUCCGGUGUGAACGAAGUGUCGGGUCAAAUAUUUCAGCCGGUCGAAAAUUUGUCCCGUGCCGUGUAAACUUAGUCACGGCCAAACUUUUUUACCGUUUUUUGGUAGCCUGCAAGCAGACUCACUUGUGCGAAUUCAGAGAAAAUUUAUUUUGGCGGCGGAGCCGCCAUCCAGCUUAACCAAUUAGAUCGCUGCGUUCCUCAGCGAACGCGUGGUAUUUGAAAAUAAAUAGCUCACGUGCAGGCUCACUUUUCCUCGGACUAUUAAGCCGCCAAAAAUGUUUUCCCGAACUCGCACAAGUAAUCUUGCUCGCAGGUUAUUUUCUCGGUGGGCCCGCUUAUAGGCCGAACGAAAGAUGGUACUCCUACAAUGCAGAAACCCGCCAAAAGGCAGUUUUAUUGCAAAACGGUGUUGAUCUUCGUCCCAAAAAAUGAAUAAAAAACAUGAUGUGAAUGACAGUGUUUUUCAAUUAGUUUCUCUUUAGUAUAACGCCACUUAUGAUAAUGGUUUGAACAAUUAUAGGCGCCAGUACGUGCUGUCCUGAAAACCUGAUGUCUAAUUUCUGAAUUAGAUAACAGGAAGUUUUUUUUUAAAAAUAACUUCAACUUUGUCAUGGAAGAUAUUGUUCAUUGUGGAUAAUGUGUAUGAGGGGUUUCGUUUAUCGUUUGUCUCGCGAUUGUCACCUAUAUAUUGUUCCGGCGCGACGUUUCGUUUCAACUUUAUCAUCAGAAAACGUAUCCACAUACAUACAUAUAUAUAUGUCCUUUAUUUAAACACGAUUGGCGGUGGUGUAAAAAUAAUUACAAAUGAAUGAAACUAUAUAUUAAAAAUAAGAAUAACAUUACUUACAAAAUACAGCUACAAUAAAAACUCUAAAAAUACACAGUAAGAUUCUAAAAAAAAAUACAAUGUUAAAAUGAAUUUACAUUUAUUUAGUUACCUCUGAGUAAAUGGACUACAGCAUGUGAGACUUGGGGUGGCUGAAUCAAAUAGUUUUUAGGGUAUAGUUAGCUUUUUUUUUUUCUCGUCAAUCUUUAAACCCAACGCAUUUGUAUUAUUGUUAUUACAGACCUUAAGGUCGAAGUUGGCCAUCGCUUGCCCAUAUUUGGGACUUUUCGAUCAUAUAAAUUAAGACUAAAGGCACUUGAAUAAAGAAUUUUUCAGCGUUCUUAGCAUUAACGAAACUUCCAUGUCGGCCUUUAGCCCAUUUUUGAACUCGGGAAGCCCUAGCAAUAAUAUCCUGUUUGAGACAAUUGAAAGGUGCAUUAAUUUGAAGGGUGUUGAGUUCAUUUUUUUGGGUGUAAUUUUGAGGGUAGACUGUUUUUGUUUUGUUUUGUGUGUUUGUUUUUCUUUGUGUGUAGAAAUUGAUGUUUCAUCAAAUUUCGCUGACGAGCUUCUCUGAGCCUGUCUUAAUCACUUCUAACGCGCCUACGACCACGGGGAUUAUUUCUGUCUUCAUCUGCCACAUUCUGGUGAUUUCUAUGGUUCCUGUGAAGUAUACUUUUCGUGAAUAAUUUUUUAACAACGUUCUAGUUACUUUUUAAUGACGAUAAACUGAGGGCUUUGGAUUCAUUCAUAAAAACUCGCUGCCCCAAAAUGAACAGAAUUACAUUGUAGAAGAAUUCAAGCUGUUCGCUUUUAUGUUACGUUUUCUUUAAUCCGAUGUCAAAGUUGUUUUGUUUGCAGUCCAGCUGAGCUCAGCUGCAAUGUUCUGAAACUUUCCUCAGUUGUGCUUUGAAACUGCAUUUCGUAAUAAGCCAAUGAUAGUGUGUCGGAUGUGUUUUACCUUCCAACAGUAGAUCAGUGGGUUAAGCGAUGAAUUCACAAACACUAGCGUCAGGCCAAAAUUUAACAGUAAAUGCGUUUUAACAUUGUUUGAUCUAGAGGUAACUACAUAAACUAACACGACAGUCAUUGGCAAAUAACAAACCAUCAAUAGGAGACAGACGUGAGCUGCCAUGAUCGCAAACUUCCUCAGCCUUUUCGUGUUAAUAAUUUGUCCGGUCUGUGAUGCUUGUUGUAGUUGUAGCACUUGUCGUUCGUUUAAGUGACGUCGCACGGACAAAUAGAUUCUGACACUGAAGAAAGUCGCAGCUAUAAUACAGGCAGAUUCACUAAUGCCAAAAACCGCGUACAUUAUAUUCCAUGGAAUCAACAGCCUCACCAAUGGAAAAACUGCACUGACUGCCCAAACUAAGACAACUACAGCAACAACACGCUUGUGUGUUACAAGGGUUUGGUAUCGGAAAUAAAAAUGAAUUGCCAUGAAUCUGUCUGCACAGAGAACAGUGACGAUAAAGAAAGUAGCGAAACAAAAUAAAUGCGUUGGGAUAAGACAAGUUGUGUAGAUAGCAUUUUGAGGCUCCGUACUAAUUUCGUUGUUGUCCUUCGAGUCGAUGAUAAGUUUUGCAACGUACAACGGUUGAGCUACUAUUCCAACGCCAAGAUCAGAAACAGCCAGACUAAGGAGCAAUGUUUUUAAGUUCUUUGACAAUGAAGGAGUUUUUCUUAUGGCGUGGAUUGUAACAACAUUUAGCAUGGUGGCGGUGUAAGAUGAAAAUACGUUUAAAAAGCAAAGUAUGAGGUGCAAGGAAUCCAUUUGUUGUUCCUUUUGGUUUUGUUUUGAAUCCAGGGAUUUUGCAAGAGUUUGAUCUUUUAGGUCGAUUUCAGUAGAACCAGUUUUCGCGGACUUCCUCCUCGUGAGCUACCAUACCGACUGCGUGCAAAGUUUGUGGAGAGUUCAGUAAGCUAGCCGUUGAUAAGCAGAUUGAUUGAAAUUCCUCUGAGCGAAACCAGAUGACUAAUCCGUUUUCACGGACUGCCUCCCUUCCUGAACUACGAUGGCGACGGAGAAUUAAGAGUGUUUAUGGAGAGUUACGAGACGUUCAAAGUAAGCUGGCCUUUGAUAAGCAGAUUGAUUAAAAUUACUCUUUAGCGAAGCCAGGGUGAAGCAUUUCUUCUGAACGCUCGACGCUGCUGAUGACAGUUAGGUUAUAUUUCAAGGUAAAUUCUCCAAAAUAUUUAAUUAGAUGACGUGUUCCUUAUUAGUCGAGAAUAGAUUAAAAGUGAUCGAACUUAUUAGAUCGCUAUAAUAUGUUUUAAGACGCUUUGAAUGAUGACGUGUAUGUUAAUUUAUGUUUUUUCUCAACUUCAACAUAAUCGAUCUCCUAGUUUAAUUUUGAAACAAUGGUACCAUUUUAGCCUUGAGACUUUACCGUGCGAAAAUGUGUUUAGCCUUUCUUAUCCUCGCGUGAACAAGGUGAAAUUAUGGAACGGUCCGGUGUGAACGAAGUGUCGGGUCAAAUAUUUCAGCCGGUCGAAAAUUUGUCCCGUGCCGUGUAAACUUAGUCACGGCCAAACUUUUUUACCGUUUUUUGGUAGCCUGCAAGCAGACUCACUUGUGCGAAUUCAGAGAAAAUUUAUUUUGGCGGCGGAGCCGCCAUCCAGCUUAACCAAUUAGAUCGCUGCGUUCCUCAGCGAACGCGUGGUAUUUGAAAAUAAAUAGCUCACGUGCAGGCUCACUUUUCCUCGGACUAUUAAGCCGCCAAAAAUGUUUUCCCGAACUCGCACAAGUAAUCUUGCUCGCAGGUUAUUUUCUCGGUGGGCCCGCUUAUAGGCCGAACGAAAGAUGGUACUCCUACAAUGCAGAAACCCGCCAAAAGGCAGUUUUAUUGCAAAACGGUGUUGAUCUUCGUCCCAAAAAAUGAAUAAAAAACAUGAUGUGAAUGACAGUGUUUUUCAAUUAGUUUCUCUUUAGUAUAACGCCACUUAUGAUAAUGGUUUGAACAAUUAUAGGCGCCAGUACGUGCUGUCCUGAAAACCUGAUGUCUAAUUUCUGAAUUAGAUAACAGGAAGUUUUUUUUUAAAAAUAACUUCAACUUUGUCAUGGAAGAUAUUGUUCAUUGUGGAUAAUGUGUAUGAGGGGUUUCGUUUAUCGUUUGUCUCGCGAUUGUCACCUAUAUAUUGUUCCGGCGCGACGUUUCGUUUCAACUUUAUCAUCAGAAAACGUAUCCACAUACAUACAUAUAUAUAUGUCCUUUAUUUAAACACGAUUGGCGGUGGUGUAAAAAUAAUUACAAAUGAAUGAAACUAUAUAUUAAAAAUAAGAAUAACAUUACUUACAAAAUACAGCUACAAUAAAAACUCUAAAAAUACACAGUAAGAUUCUAAAAAAAAAUACAAUGUUAAAAUGAAUUUACAUUUAUUUAGUUACCUCUGAGUAAAUGGACUACAGCAUGUGAGACUUGGGGUGGCUGAAUCAAAUAGUUUUUAGGGUAUAGUUAGCUUUUUUUUUUUCUCGUCAAUCUUUAAACCCAACGCAUUUGUAUUAUUGUUAUUACAGACCUUAAGGUCGAAGUUGGCCAUCGCUUGCCCAUAUUUGGGACUUUUCGAUCAUAUAAAUUAAGACUAAAGGCACUUGAAUAAAGAAUUUUUCAGCGUUCUUAGCAUUAACGAAACUUCCAUGUCGGCCUUUAGCCCAUUUUUGAACUCGGGAAGCCCUAGCAAUAAUAUCCUGUUUGAGACAAUUGAAAGGUGCAUUAAUUUGAAGGGUGUUGAGUUCAUUUUUUUGGGUGUAAUUUUGAGGGUAGACUGUUUUUGUUUUGUUUUGUGUGUUUGUUUUUCUUUGUGUGUGUGUGUGUUGCGGAUUGUAAAAGAACUCAUGCUUAAAAAUUAGAACUUGCUAAAAAAAAUUGCUGAAGUAAAAGUUUAUCAAAAGAAAUUAUGGCUCUUGCUUUUACACAAUGAAAGGGUGACACGAAGAGGAUACGUAAGCAGAGCCGUUUUUUUUUUUUUUGGCCGAUACCAGCAUCGCUGCGACGAGUGCUAAGCGCGCUAAGAAACGAAGCCUCGUCUUACUGAAAAAGAAAAUCUAACGAUUUUUGUUUGUUUGUUUUUUCUUUAAAUAAAACCGUGCAUGAUCAUAUUUUUUGAUAAUUAUUAAGUAACGGAUGGAAGUAUUGAUUACGCUAUGGAGAGUCUACCAUCUUGAAAUAAUCUGGGAAAAUUUACAGCACACUGAAUUUAGCGGACAAGUAGCUUUGUCUAGUCAUAUACUCUGGAGGUAGUCCUUCAGUCAUUUUCUUCGUAACUUGAUAAACUUAAAAAUGCAGUUUCCCAACGGUGACUGCUUGAGACAGGUAUGACUUCCAAGGUGUUCUGAAUUGUGCCGGCGAAAGUUUCGUUAGGUGUGUCUUGAAAAUACAUCUCGUAGUUUGCCUGUGACAGUCUUUCGUAUCUGUUUCAGCUUCCAACAGUAGAUCAGUGGGUUAAGGGUCGAAUUAAGAAAUAUCAGGGUUAGAGUAUACAGCCUUAAAUGCUGUAGAUCGUUCCUUGGUUCGGAAAUGGUAGCGAUAGUUAUUAACACACAAAUAUUAGGUAAAUAGCAAACUAUGAAAACCAGAUACACGUGAAGCGAUGCCAUCGCAGAUGUCUUGUUUCUUUGAAUACUUUCGACUUGGUGAUUUUGCGCUUCUUGCGGGAUUUGAAUUUGGGUCAUGUGGCGUCUUAGAGUUUGUUUAAGUUUGACGCUUAGGGAAGUUGCAGUUAUAAUACAAGAAAAAUUUCUGAUUGCAUAACAUACGAACAUGAUAUUUGUUGGAAUCCAAAAGCUGAGCAAUGUAGUAAGCACGCUGAAUACCCAAAUUGAGGUCACGGCAAUAGUAACACGCUUGUGUGUCACAAGUUCCUGAUAUCUGAGGUGAAGGUAAAUUGCCAAAAAUCUGUCUACACAGAGAGCCGUGACACUAAACAAUGACGCAGAAAUGAAGAUAUGAGUCGAGGUACCAAAUGCUAUAUAUAUGGCAUUAUAAGGUUUAUUCAUGGUUUCAUUGUUUUGUUUUGAGUUUAUAAUAUAUGCAGCAAACAUUGGCUGAGCUAGUAAACCAACACCAAGAUCAGAAACAGCCAGGCUCAGUAGCAAUGUUUUAAAAUUUUUUGACAAGGACGAAGUUUUCAUGAUCGCGUAGAUUGUUACAAUGUUCAAAAUUGCUGCGGUGUAAGACAAGUUCGCGUUUAAGAUGCAAAGUGUGAGAUACGACCAAUCCAUUUGUUGUUCUUUAAGGAUUUCUGGUGCUUGAAGUAGACCAAGGUCUUAUCGUUGCUUGCAAUCGUUUGAUAUUUCAGGAUGUCAGUAGAAUCUACCACGACACGGAUUGACGAACGCUUAGAGAGUUUCAAGACGUUUAAUUCCGUUAAUAAGACUUUCACUUGAUAAGCAGUUAACUGAACCAAAACGAAACAUUUUUCUCUGAACUCACGACAACUGAUGAUCGAGUAUUGCUGCGUGGCAAAACAGAUGUUUUACUUACUUGUUUUUAAGACGCUUUGAAUAAUUGUUAUACAUAUUUUUCAUUAACUUCAAAACAAUUAGAAAACAGGCGUUUUUGUUUCAAAUUGAACUUAAAAUUACUCACCGCCUGAUGUUUCAAACUAUUGUCGUGAGGCGGCGUUGUCGCAUCCUAGAGUGUCCAACAUAAAUUUUGUCCUAACAACAUCGGCAUAUCAACAAGAGUAAAGGUUAUGAGAAUUACUAAAUUAAUGACCAAAGGGAGAAUUACUUUGAUCUUAAACCAAAUUCUCUCAACUAUUCUUAAAAGAAAUGUAUGGAGAUCGGUCUGGAGAAUUUGGAUUUGGAUCUUGGGGCUUAAAGGGUUAAGAGAACACGUCAAUCUUCGUUUCUGUUCCAUUUCUCUUUACUAAUAGUUCGCAAACGAAAAACGCUGACAAAAGAACACGCGUAAUUUAUGCAGUACGAAUUGGAAUUCACUGUCUUCUCAUAGGUCACUUUUUGAUGUGUGAGUUUUUUCCCUCCGGAUUCAUCGUGGCGUCAUUGUUUACAUUUUUGCUUAUUAGCAUAGAAGUUAACCCAUGGAAGAUGGAGCCAAUCAGAAACGGCGAAAUAUUUCUGCACUUUGCCGAAUAGCUUUUCGUGCUGACAUGAAAAGCUAUCCAGUUCAGUAUGAACAGCAAAGGCACUGAGCUGAAAAGAGUCGUUCACACACAUCGGACUUCAUACCGGAACGGUUGGUCGAGAGGAUCUGGUGAACUAAAUCUCAAUCCUCACUUCUGAAUAUUUCCCUCCGUGUCAGUGGAUUCCAGUCCUCGCUCCUAGUCAUUUACUUCCGCUACGGUCAGAAUACCAGUUCACACGGAUCAAUUUAGGUUUUCGGGGAAACUGCCCACCUACCCCUCCCCUAACCCAUCAUUUUGCCCUAAGUGAGAAGUAAGUGUUAAUGUUGACUUAGGGGAGGGGUAGGUGGGCAGUUUCCUAGAAACCUAAAUUUAUUCCAUCACACUGCGAUGAAGAGUGGCGGAAACGAAUCCGAUCGGUGACGAAUCACUCACAAGAUCAGCGCGGCGCAGCGUCGCUCCAUUACAGAAAUCUCUCCAUAAUCACUGUUCUUAUUUGUGAACAGAAGCUUUAUCUGUUGAAGUUUUCGUGUCGGAGUAAGUGCUAUCCGGUUUGAACUUUGCCUAAAGCAGUAAAGGUGUAUUUCCACGGAAGAGUAAUUUUCACGUGCGUAAGCACGCAAAUUUUACGCGCGUAAAUAAAAUAGAGGCAAUGUAUGGAAGAUCAAGCGCAAACAUAACUAAGUUGAACCUCGCUUAACUUUUUCACCUUUAGUGGUGCUUUGAAAAUUUCAAUGCAUUUCGUAGUAUGCCAAUGACAUUGUGUCGAACGUGUUUCAUCUUCCAGCAGUAUAUCAGUGGAUUAAGCGAUGAAUGCAGAAGCUCUAGCGUUAGAGUAUAGUGUUGAACAUGAUUUAUACCAGUGUUUGAUCCGCUUAAGGCAGUAACAAAUAAAGUGAAACCAUUUGGCAGAUAGCAAACCAGCAAAACCAGGCAAACGUAAACUGCCAUGAUGGCAAACUUACGCAUCCUUUUAAUGUUAGCCAUUUCACCGUUCUGCGAUACUUGUUGUAGCUGCAGCACUUGAAUUUGGUUCACGUGGUGUCGCAUGGACAAAUAAAUUCGGACACUGAAAAAAAUGGCAGCUAUAAUGCAAGCAGAACCAGUAAUUCCGUAAACCAUGUACGUAAUAUUUUUGGGAAUCCAACGCCUCAUUGAUGAGAGAACUCCGCUAAGGAACCAAAUUGAGACGACAACAGCGACAACGCGUUUGUGUGUCACAAGUUCAUGGUAACUAAGGUAAAAAUGAACGGACGCGAAUCUCUCGGCGCACAGAACAACAAUGAGAAACAACGUAGCGAUAGUAAAUAAAUUGGUCGGAAUAAGGUACGCGAUGUAGAUAACAUUAUAAGAACUGUUAGUUCCACUGUUUAGCUUCGACUCCAUGAUAAGACGUGCAGCAUACAUUGGCUGAGCCAGUAGUCCGACACCAAGAUCAGAAACGGCCUGACUCAAGAGCAAUGCUUUUAAAUUUUUUGACAAAGACGGACUCUUUCUGAUCGCGUGGAUUGUAACAAUGUUUAGCAUGGUGGAGGUGUAAGAUAAAAAUGCGUUUAAAAGGCUCAGUGUGAGGUACGAGGAAUCCAUUUGUUACCCUUUCUUGAAUUUGUCGUAAAGCAAGAUAUUACAGUAGAAUAAGUUAUUGUGGACUGUCCCCAACGGUCAAUAAGCUAACCUUUGAUUAGGAGGAUAACUUUGACCAAGAUUUCUCUUUUACAGAGUAGAGACAAAAAGUUUCCUUUUAACAGGCGGCUUGUUCUUUGUGUAUCAAAAGAGAUGUCUUCCUUGUUGUCACUUGAACAGGUUGUAAAAUUGUUUUGAAUUUUGGCUUCUAUAUUUAAGCUUUAAAGCAAUUAGAAAACAGGGGUUUUGUUUAACAAAUUAAACUCAGUUCAACGUAAUCAUCGGAAAACCAACUUGUCCAUCAUUUUUUUUCCACCUUUGACAGUAAGUCAUAAUUAAAGUUUUUAUAUAUGUAUUUAUAUUUGUAGUUUUACCACUGUCGGCGUUAUAUGUUAUCAUAUAUUUUACACUGUAUCCCGAAAUGCGGAGAAGAGGCGAAAUCUUAUCUGUCCUCCGUAUUCUCUGAUGUAAACUUAAAUUCAUUAAAAUAUUUAGCAAUGUGGCGUGCUGCUUAUUAUUUGAACUUAAACUAAGGCUGUUGGAUCAACUAUAUUUAGAAAAGUUACCUUAUUAAAUUUUUCCUCGUCAUUCUUUUAACCCAACUACAUGGAUGAACAUGUUAGUAUAUUUUACUUGGUCUCACUUGUUGUAAAGACGCUCUGUACGAUUUCUUUUUGUGUUUUAUGUGUAAUUUUCAAAGCAGUCAGAAAACAGCAAGUUUGGUUUCCAAAAAAAAAUUAAUCAAAUCACCGGUAACCUUGUCCAAACAUUUUUCCGUUGCAUGCAGCCGCUUUAUCGCAUCCGCCGGACGAGGGAAAUGUUGAGAGAACACAUGCAAGGCUAUGUUCCUGCUCUGUUUCUGUUGCAAAAUACUCUAAAAUGGUAAUUCUCGAUGUAGAUAACCCGUCCAACAAUUUUAGUGCAUAGCGGUGUUGAUCUCAGUCAUAAAAUCUUGAAUGAAUAAGUUAAGUAUAGCGUUUUUUUUAUUAAAUUCGCUAUUUCUUGACUGCAUUUAAUAUUAUGCCCCCUAAUGCGCUGAUACUGGAAAGCUAGUGACGUGCGGUUUUUGGCGUUGCAGUAGCGACUUCUAAUUGAUAAUUUACAAUUCCCAAGAUAAGGGUUAAAAAUAGUUCUUGUUUCUUAGACAGUCAUGAAAUCUGUGAUAUUUUUCAUAACUAGAUAAUAUUUUGAAGGUGAAAAGAGACGAAAUAGUUUUAGAGGCAAGACACAUCACACUGAAACUCUCUUAAAUUUUGUGUAGUUAGUGUAACUUGAAAAUGCCGUCAUUUCCCGAAGGAAGAACUGCUUGACGCCGGUUUGUACUUGAUAAGGUGUUCCAAAUCCUCCCAAAGGUUUCGUUAAAUGUGAUUUGACAAUAUAUUUCGCAGUGUGGCUAUCACAGUGUGCCGAAUUUGUUUCACUUUCCAGCAGUAGAUUAGUGGAUUAAGGGUUGAAUUAAGAAACAACAGGGUCAGAGUAUAAAAGUGCAAAUGCUGUAGAUCGUUCCUUGGUUCGGAAGUGGAACCGAUGAUAAUUAACACACAAACAUUAGGUAAAUAGCAAACUGUGAGAACCAAAUACACGUAAAGCGAUGCCAUCGCAGAUCUCCUUUUUCUUUGAACACUUUCGCCUUGCUCAUUCUACGCAACUUGCGUGAGUUGAAUUUGAUUCAUGUGGCGUCGUAGAGUAAGGUAAAGUUUGAUGCUCAGGAAAGUUGCAGUUAUAAUAGAAGAAGAAUCUUUAAUAACAAAAAAUACGAACAUGAUAUUUUUUGGGAUCCAUAACUUGAGCAAUGAAGUAAGUGUGCUAAAUAACCAAAUUGAGAUUACGGCAAUAAUAACGAGCCUGUAAAUCACAAGUUCCUGGUAUCUAAAGUGAAGUUGAAUUGCCAAAAAUCUCUCUGCACAUAGAGCCAUGACACUAAACAAUGACGCAGUAAUAAAGAUAUUCAUCGGGAUAAGAUUGGCGAUAUAAAUGGCAUUAUAAGAUUCAUUGCUUUAUUUCCACUGCAUAGUGAGUUGUGCAACACACAUGGGCUGCGCCAGUAAACCAAUACCAAGAUCAGAAACUGCUAAACUCAGAAGCAAUGUUUUUAAAUUCUUUGCCAAGGACGGAGUCUUUCUUAUCGCGUAGAUUGUCAGAAUAUUGAGUAUAGAGGCGAUGGAAGAUAGAAAAGCAUUUACGACGCAAAUUGUUAGAUACGAGGACUCCAUUUUGCAUAUUGACCUCUGGAAUCAAGCCUUAAAUUAGAGCUGAAGUCCAGCUCAGCGGUGGUAAUCUUAAUGCAGAAACCCAGUCUAUGGUAGAAUCAAUUUUGCAGUCCUCAGUGGCUGCUAUUUUCUUUGUUAUGGCUUGCAAAAAGCCGAAAAUUACACAUAAAUUUAACAAGCUCAUUGGCCUUGACGAAAACACGCCUAUUCCUUUUAGUAAAGACUAAAGCAGUUGAAUCAGGGGCAGUGAGUAUAGUUAGCGUUUAAAAUGUUCUGCCACAGCAUUGAUCUUUUCGUUUUGUACCGCAUCAAAUAACAACGGAGGUUUGAAAACUACUUCUUUUCUUUGUUGCUGAGCUGAGAUUGGUUGGGAACUAGUGUUACACCAAUAAUUGCAGCCCACUCUUGUCACCCGCAAUCCUACUUUCCAGGCUCCUUUUACGCUGAUAGGGCGAAGGAAAGCAAGUUUCUUACCGAGUUUGGUUCUCCACAGCAUUAUUCCUGGUAGAUGCAGUAAAUGAGAUGUAUCUAUGGCAUGGCUGGUGGCCGAAUGAUGAAGAUUCAGAAUCCAGAGCUUCCACAACUGGUUCUGCGGAAACGCGUUGGAGUAAUGACCGAAGAUUGGCAAUGGAAACGAUAAAGUCUUACGCUCAAGGUACUGUUUUAUUCUUCCCCGCCACCAUCAACGCGUCGCCCCCUCCCCAACCCGCUUAAGGUACUAUUUCCUCUCCCACACACGGGUCUGGGAAUUUAAAUCUCUCUAGAACUAGUUUGGAAACAACUUACGUCUGAGCCCUCCCAUUCUUUCUGCAAACCUUGCGUUCGUUGAUUUCGCCUCGGUCAACAUUUCAUUCCAACUCUCUAUACCUGGGUCUCCGAGGGUAAGGAAGUACAGUUAAACCCCCAAUAAGCGGCUGCCCUCGGGGUACUGGCAAGUGGCUGCUUAAUAGGUUCUGCUUAAUAGAGCUGCUCAAUAGAGGUUCUUCAUGUAAAUUAGCAUAAUCGUGAGUAGAAACAUUCCUUUAUUUGGAAACUAACACGCGACUGAAGCAGCGUUUUUGCUCCGCACCUUUUUUCUCGGACUGUAUUUUCCCUCAUUAUAUUUUUAAAAUAAAGCCAAAGUACGUGUAUCAAGCGCUUGCUGGCCGCUUAAUUGAUGUGACGAUUACAAUUAUUUCGGGACUUUGAUUACUGUCCGCUUAUAAGUGGCCGCUCAGGUGAGGUUCGACUUUAUAUACUUGGGUACUAAACUUGUUUUUUUAUGUUUGUGUGUUUGUUUGUUUUAGGCAAAAGACCUCGAAUUUCUAGUUUUCCCUACAUUAACCAUGAAGUCAUUUUUUGUUAUCAGAACUUGAACACGAUUUCUCCCAAGUAUUUAUUGUGUUUGCUGGUCUGGAACCAAAGUCCUUCCAGAAUCUUUUCCCCUUCUGGGAAGACCGACCAGAUGUAGCUAAAAUAAACCUAUCGGUAAGUACUUCUUCUAUUACAUUUAUUUAGUGUUUAAUGUGAAAUUUACCCCUUCCAGACUCAAUUAUUUGCCAAUAAAAGCCUAUUUUAAUAGAUACAGCAAUUUAAGAAACAAUUUCAAGGACCUCUAGGCUGUUUUCACACAUCCUAUAAGUAAGAAGCGUACCAGCUCGAAGAUGUACAUCAUAGGUUUUUUAUGCGGCUGUUUAUGAAUUACAAUAUGACUUUCCUUCUUGAUCCUUCUUUCAAACCAUUCAGGGGAACAUUUUGUACAAGGCUUUUGUGUGCUGGUUUUCUCUGAAAAUUAGCCCAGGUUCAAAAACGUUUGACUGUGAACUCUUUCUGUUUUGUUGCUUUUAGACUGGAAGGGUUGAUGGAGAUAUUCUAAAGCUGGAAACGGAACUUGCAAAACUUUCGAGGUUUGUCUUUUUGCAUUUGGUCCCGGUGGUGGUGUGAAUACAUUUAUUCCUUCAAUUAAUUAUAAAUUUAUUAAUUUAUCUCUCAGUUUAUUUAUUUAUUUAUUUAUUUAUUUAUUUAUUCAUUUAUUGUAAAUUAAACUAUUAAAGCAUUUAUUCCAUUUUUACGGCGUGCAUAAACUAGGGAGAACCGUGUUUCUUUUAUCAGAGAGAAAAAUUUCUAAUUUUGUUGAUCGACUGUUUUAACAUUUACUCUUUACAUCAACUCUUCGUUUUUUGACAUGUAGAAAAGAGUACAGCUUGGAGGAACUCAAGCAAAAACCACCACCUGAAGGAGUGGAUCCCUCGAGACUUGAAACAUACCUUAGCGAAGCUGACUUCGAGGUACGAACUGUAUUUCUCUUUGAACUGCCUCUUCAGUCUCUGCAACAUGACUGCUGGCAAAUAAAACAGGCCUUUUAAAAAAGGGGUUUAUGAAUUAUUCAUUAAAAAGCCCCUGAAAAAAUAUCCGACACCACUACUGGUUUAGACUGCGAGUGGUCCCCAUUUGGCCUUUCGCCUUUCGCCUUUCUCGUGUGGGUUGAUUUUCACGCGCGCUCGCGUUUCUUCGCUCUACUCCUCUCCCUGAGGGAAAAUCGGGACUACUCGUAUUCUACUGCUGGUUUCCCUGCGUAGAGUCGACUAAGGAAAGAGCGCAGAAAUUCCAUACUGAUAGCGAUUUAGCUAGUGCUUCUGAUUGGUUGAAGCAAGUCGCCCUUUUGGUACGACCAAUCAGAACUGAAGUACUACCCAGAUCGUGGCAGUGACAUGUCAUCAGCUGGGAAUUUCUGCCCUCGCUCCUCAGGGGAAACCAGUAGUGGCGUCGCUAAGUGUCCGCUGUCUUCUCAGGCUUAUGAAUUAAAAGUUUUUUUGGUUUGUCCCUUUCGCAGAAAGCGUUUAACAUGACCAGAACCGCUUUUGAUGCUCUGGCAAUGUGGAAGAAGACGAAUCUUAGGAAGAAAGCUGGCCUUUUCUAAUGUAUUGCCAUAAGAUGCCAGACAUGUUACUACAAAAUUUAAUUAGAGAUAGCUAUGUUUUUUAAACGACGAUACACUCCCUUCCUUCAUUGUUUUCGUACAAGGAUGUUGGUUUCCAUUUAAAGCUUGACUUAAAACAUCCUUUUUCAAAAUUCGAUGUUAAUCGACUUUUUUGAAAAAAAAAAAUGCGUAGUUAAGAAGAUGUUGAAUUGCAAAACCAUAGCUUUUGCAGUGUUAAUUUCCCAAUAAGCUCUGUGGUCU